AUGGUCUCACCGCCAAAGACCGGGCCCCCACCGCCGGGUUCCCGGGCCGUUUCAACGCCAACUCCGACUCCGGCACUGGACUCGGCAUCAAAUCCGACACCAAACCCUACACCGAGCCUGACACCUCCACAACCCAUGGCGGCUCCGUCUAUACCGAAUCUUCUUGGCCGGCUGGGCAAUGGACCGCCACGGUCGGGCCGCGGCGGUCGCCGAGGAGUCGGACGCGGAGGCAGCUCUCUCGGGGGACCAACAGCGUCUGGGCCAGCGCGUUUCGCACCACCAUCACAGCACGGCGGCGGCAUGUCUGGCAAAAUGGACCACAGCGGCAUCAUCCAGAGCACAGACACCGACGCGGCGCUGUCGCGUAUGAGUGCCGUUGACCUUGGCCUGCUGCAAGACCCGUUCGCCCAGUACUUUGCAGGUGACGGCGGCGGACCAGCUCCUCGACGGCUGCCCAUUAUCAACCGAGGCACGUACACGCGGACUCAGGGCCUGGACAAGAUUAUUCGGGCGUUCCUGUCCGGCGCGCCGUCCAGAGAGGCAACGCCAGAGCCGUCACCACAAGCAGUACAGACACCAUCGCCGCUGCACGUCCGGCAAAUCGUCUCUCUCGGUGCCGGCACCGACACGCGGAGUUUGCGGCUGCUGGCACAGAAGCAGCCAGACGGCCACGCCGCCUUCCAAAACGUCAUCUACCACGAGAUCGACUUCCCGACAGUCUGCGCCCGCAAGCGCAACAUCGUGCAGUCUGUGCCCACGAUCCGGUCAUUACUAGAGGGCCCAGUAACGCAGCAUACGCCGCUGGCUGGAGCCAUAGGGAUCCACCGCAGCUGGCGCGUGGGCCUGGGGCAGGGGAACGAGCUCUGGGCCCACGGUCUGGACCUGCGAGAAUUGGCAGCGGGCAGCGGCAGCAGCUUCAGCACCAACACGACCAACAGCGAGGAGGGAAGAUCAGACGUUGUCCUGGCUGGCUUCCGGACGGACGUGCCGACCCUGCUUGUGUCCGAAUGCUGCUUGUGCUACUUGCAGCCGCCCGAGGCGGCCGCGGUGCUGCGCUGGUUCGCCGACCGCAUCCACCCCCAGCCUGCGUCGCUGGCCGGCCUCGGCGUGGUCAUCUACGAGCCCAUACGGCCCUUUGAUGCAUUCGGUCGCACCAUGGUGGCCAACUUGGCGGGCCGUGGGAUCCAGAUGCCGACGUUGGCGGCAUACCCCGACGGCGUCGCGCAAGAGGCGCGACUGGUGCGAGAAGCAGGCCUCGCGCGGGCCAAGCACCGGACGAUUGAUCAGAUCUGGAGCGCGUGGGUGGCCGCCGAGGAGCAGGAGCGCGUCAACCGGCUUGAGGGACUGGAUGAGGUCGAGGAGUGGGCGCUGCUGGCCAGCCAUUAUGUUGUUGUUUGGGGAUCGCAGGGCGCAUAUUUUGACACGGCUUGGGCGGAGUUGUACGAGCAGUAG